CGGCUGCGGCACCCGGACAAGCGCCCCGACGACCCCGCCGCCACCGCCGACUUCCAGGGCCUCGUCACCUCCUACAGGCUCCUACGCGACGAGUCCCUCCGCCGCCAGUUCGACGCCCGCCUCCGCGCCCGCCGCGGGGCCGCCGCCCGCGCCGCCGCCACCGGGGUCAAGCGGCGCAGGGCCGUGUCGGACCUGGAGGAGCGCGAGCGCGCCUUUGCUGCCCGUGCGGGAGCGGGACCGGCCUUCGACCCCGCGCAGCUGGCCAGGCGGGAGGAUAAGCGCAAGGCUGCGGACGUUAAGCGCGAGCUGGAGGACUUCUUCAGGAAGUCCGUCGCCUCUGGCUCUGCUUCCACUUCGGCACAUGGAGAUAACAAGGGUGGAACCCCAGAUAACAGAACAAAAACUGACAAGGGGAAGGUCUUGAAGGUUUCAUGGGAAGGGGGUGCAGAUUACUAUACUGCUGCAAAGUUGGAUGAGAUCUUUAGGCAAUUCGGCGAGGUUGAAGACAUUGUUAUCAAGACCAGGAAAUCAAGGAGCAAGGGUUCAGCAAUUGUUGUGAUGGCUUCCAAAGUGGCGGCU